AUAUAUACCACUCAUACUUACACACUCUGCUUUCCUCUCUUUCCGGCUUUGCUUCAUUUUAUCUUCUUCCAAUUCCCAAAAUGGCCAUCACUUUCUCAGAUCUCCACACUGAGUCUGGCCUUAAAUCCCUUGAUGACUUCCUCUCUGGCAAAUCAUACAUCUCUGGGGAUAAGCUGACCAAGGAUGACAUAAAAGUCUAUGCUGCUGUUUUGAAGAAUCCUGGUGAUUCUUUUCCCAAUGUUAGCCAGUGGUAUAACUGUGUAUCUUCCCAUCUUGCCGCCAGCUUCCCUGGAAAUGCUGUUGGCGUAGGACUUGGUGGCAAAGCUGCUGCAGCCGAAUCUCCUAAAGCCGAGGCUCCCGCUGCAGAUGAUGACGAUGACUUGGAUCUGUUUGGUGAUGAGACAGAGGAGGAAAAGAAGGCAGCAGAUGAGAGGGAAGCUGCUAAGAAAUCUGCUAAGAAGAAAGAGAGUGGAAAGUCUUCUGUGCUUAUGGAUAUCAAACCAUGGGAUGACGAGACUGACAUGAAGAAGUUGGAAGAAGCUGUUCGAGCCAUUGAGAUGCCUGGUCUUUUGUGGGGAGCAUCAAAACUGGCUCCUGUUGGUUACGGCAUUAAGAAGCUCCAGAUCAUGCUUACUAUAGUGGACGACCUUGUAUCUGUUGAUACCCUUAUUGAGGAGCAACUCACAGUGGAGCCCUGCAAUGAAUAUGUUCAAAGUUGUGACAUAGUUGCAUUCAACAAAAUUUAGACGACCUUUUAUUCAAUAUCCGUUAGGGUUAGCCAAUUUUGGCCAUGCUGUCAACCUUUUGUCCUUUGCUUUGCCCCCUAUAUUAUUUUUCGUUUGGCCUGUGCUUUCUACUGCUUCUGCUUUAUAUUGAGGAGAGAUGAAAAGGUUUAAGGACUUUGAGAUGUUUUGCAAAAAUGGUUUUCUAAUAUAAUGUUCAAUGUUUUAAUUCA